AUGGUCUAUUCUGUUCCAGAAGCAUCGUUUCAAGUCCUAAUUGAUGGCAUAUUGAACAAUCCAAAAACCAAUGCUCCAGAUGACGUCAAGGCGCUGGCGUCCAACGUCCACUUUAAAGGCACUGACAGUCCUUCAAUUCCCAUCAAUUGGCGGUUUGCUGAAUCUAUUAGCGCCCUCAAGGCAUAUGAGGGAUUAUCGCUUGCCGCCCUGAUCAGCCAAAAGUACAAAACCGAGGCCCCUAUGAUGACUAUCGACACUGAUCAUGCUCAGCUCAGCAUCAUGUCACCCAUGGUUGUAACCUACCAAAGAACCACCGACAAGCAGCCUGUGUCAUUAUUUCAUCCCGACUAUCGGAUUAUCACCGCACAGCAUUUUAAAGACAUGGACAAGUUUAAAAGCAUCGAUUAUCCAUGGAAUUCGUUAACCACCAAUAUUUACAAAACCAAGGAUGGGCGUUAUUACCAUAUUCACGGAUCCAUGAACAGCAGUUUCACCAAAUCGGCCCUCGGGAUACCCCAACAGCCUCCAAAGGAUCCUAUCUCAUUUGACGAAGCCUUGCCGAUAUUCCAACAGGCUGUAGCUGAGCACAAUGCUGAUGCCUUGGACACCAUGAUGAAUGAUGUACAUAAACAGGCCGGGACCAUCUGCUAUACGGUGGACGACUUUAAGGCAACUGAUCAUUACAAGUCCAAUGCUCACGUCGAGUUGUUUGAAACCCACCGGGUGGACGAUGGUACACCGGCGUCUUGGUGGAAGCUUGCCGAUCAAGGCUCAGUUGAAAGACCUUUAGCUGGUCUCAAAGUACUGGAUUUGACGCGGGUGAUUGCCGCCCCAGCAGUGACCCGUUCGUUAGCAGAAUAUGGAGCUAGUGUAAUGCGCGUCACAUCCCCAAACUUGCCCGACAUGUCAGCCUUGCAUCCGGACCUCUCCUGGGGCAAGUGGCAAUGUGAGCUAGAUUUUCACAAUGAGCACGAUCGUCAAAAGCUGUUGGAAUUACUGGAAGAAGCCGAUGUUGUUGUUGAAGGCUAUAGACCUUAUCACUUGGAAAAAUACGGACUGGGCAAGGAUAAUCUGUUGGCGUUAGCUCGACGACGUGGUCGAGGUAUUAUCUACGUGCGCGAGAACUGCUAUGGGUGGCAAGGGCCAUGGCAUGAGCGGAUUGGAUGGCAGCAAAUCAGCGAUGCGGUGUGUGGUGUGUCUUGCAGCUUUGCUGAUGCCCUCGGAGCCAAGGGAGAAGCAAUUACACCGGUGUUCCCUAAUAGCGAUUUCUGUACUGGCACAGCUGGGGCCAUUGCGGUGAUCCAGGCACUGACUGAGCAGGCUAAAAACGGAGGCUCCCAUGUGGUGGACUUGGCGUUGAACUAUUAUUCGAUGUGGCUCGUUGAUCAAGUGGGCACCUACGACGACGAGCAGUGGAAAAAGCUCUGGGAAUCCAAUGGCAAACCGUCGUUCAGGCAUUAUGACAACAUGCAGCGGCUCUUACCCCAGUAUAUCGGCCUUCUCCGUAAGCACUCUCCACACCUAUUUCAGCCUGCGUUUUUCAAGACCGAGAGCUUGCUGGACGACUCCACCCAGAUUACCCUCGUUGCUCCAACUGUUGAGUUUUCCGGUCCAACCCAGCCUGGGUAUCAUAUCAAGGCUCGAGGAAACGGCACGGAUGCACCAUCAUGGCCCAACAACCUUGUCACGCAAAUCGUUUGUGAACCUAGUCAGGUGAGCGUAUGA